CUUACUUACCACUAGUAUCGACGACGCCACAAAUGCUGGCGGCAAGAGUUCUGCGCGACAAAUUGAACCGACCGGUCGAUUCAAUUUGAUUGCUCGACGUGAACAGAGUCGUUACCACAAAGAUCGGACUUCAAUCGUGCGCCUAUCGACUUCUAUCCUCCAUCCGCCCGGUAGCCGACCAGCUAGCUCCCUACGCUCUCUUCUUCCCGUUCUCUCGCAAAGGAGGUGUGAUAUUUUCCGCCGACGUCCAGAGUUCUGGCCUCCACGAGACCAUCAAUUGCAAUGUCCAACCUGUUUUCUGGAAUCAAUGCCCGGUUGAGGGGAGCCACGGGCAAGGGCAGCACGAAGAGCCCUGUAUCACCUUCCUCGGACGAUGGCCACCUCAACCCGCCCAGGGGCCUCUCACAGAGGAGCAAGUCAUCAAGCAACUUGUCAGCUAAGGCAUCUCAAAUGCCAGCGUCGCCUUCGCUGCCUCUGACCCCUGGCCCAGGGGCCACGGGCGACGAGGUGUUGAGGUCCUAUCGCCUCCCACAGCCCUUGCCCAUGUGGCUCAACCCGGUCUAUGCGAAGCAUAUCGUCAAGGGUAACUUCAUGACUCUCAGCAGCAGACCCAAGACGGUCGAGCAGGGCGAAUGGAUGGCACACCAAGUUGUUGAGCAUUAUCGCAACCUUUGGAAUUUUGUCCAUGUUGUAUAUGCUAAGGAGGCCAACGGGAAGAGUAUCUGCAAUGCUACUACGUGCCCCCGGAUGUCUGCCGGACCAAACCACUCGUACACGUGGCUUAACAAGACGGGUGACCGUUAUGAACGCGUCGAGCUGCCAGCUAUCGAUUACAUAGUGCUGAUGCAGCGGUGGAUCUCGAGCAAAGUGGAUGACACCAACAUCUUCCCGACCGACCCCGCCAGCGUCUCUUUCUCCCACAAUCCCAAUAUCGCCAAUAGUGCUCUUCUCAACAAUCCGGACGAGUGGAUAGGCAAGCGCAGCGGGUUCCCCAAGGAGUUCGCCGGCAUCUGCAAGACCAUCUUCCUACAGAUGUUUCGAGUCUACGCCCAUCUUUACUGGGCUCACUUCGUGGAGCCCUUCUAUCAUCUCAACCUGGAAAAGCAGCUCAACAGCUGCUUCAGUCACUUCAUCUUGACUGCCACGACGCUGGACUUGCUCAAGCCUCAGGAGCUUGAGCCAAUGCAGGCCUUAGUCGACCUGUGGGCCGCUAAUGGCACGUUUCCACCGGAGUCUAAGGCCUACGAGUAUGCCAACCUAAAAGUGGGCACACGGUUAUUGCAGAUGGCAGGCAUGGCUUGAAAAGGGAGCUGGAACCGUUUUGGCUUGGUUUCGAGGUUUUCUACAUGCAUUAUCGGGCGUUCGGAUGUUAGGCGGGCAGCUCCGCCCAAGGGAAUUCGUGCUGUUUGGGUGUUUUGGGAAUACAGGAAAUGGGGGCCACCAGGCUGUGCAGAUAGAGUUUACGCAAACAGACACUUCCUCCGCAGGCGGACGUGACGACAUCAAGCAGGCCAAGAAGGUUUACUCUGUGAUGGCUCUUACAUUGGUGGGGUCCGUUCCGUCUAUCAGAUCUGUGCCUGGCUGAUCAUCUCAAGUGAUAAAAUCCCGUGAUAAAUAAAGCCUUGUUUCAGAGGCAACUGUAAAAAAAC